GUGAGUGCACAAAUGUAAAUAGCCCGCUUAACUUUAAGCCGACUUAUACUUCCGUUUUUUUUUAGCAAUGCGACUUUUGAUGUUUCAACCAGAUUAUUAUUGAUCGCUAAUCUAUCAGAGCCAAAACCCUAGUCGCAGCCGUUAGCCUGCCGGUAUUACCGCCCUCGCCGGCGCCCUCGCCUACCGGUGUCAGUAGAACUCAUUUGAAGUGCUUUUCGUUGCAACCACUUACACUCAUUCUUGUAUUGGAAGAGAAGGAAAAGGAAGGAGAUGGCUUAUUUGCAUUACGGGAAAAAUAUCCUGCGGCGUAGCGCGAUGCACCACCCGCUGGUCCACGCUGCUCAAGGCGUUCGUUACCGAAAGCUGGAGGUUAUCCUCACCACGACGAUUGAUAAGCUGGGCAGGGCUGGGGAAACUGUCCAGGUUGCGCCGGGGUAUUUCCGUAAUUAUCUGAUGCCGAAGUUGCUUGCUGUGCCGAACAUUGACAAGUUUGCUUAUCUCAUUAGUGAGCAGCGCAAGAUUUACGAACCUAAGGAAGUUGAAAAGGUUAAAGUUGCUUCAAAGAAAGAGGGAAGCAGCAUGAAAGAGUAUGAGGCUGCGGCAAAUCGUCUUGCCAGCACAAGAUUGAAUAUAAGAAAGUUCAUCAUAGAGGGAAAAGGAAUUGAGUUGCGUGAGCCAGUGACCAAAGAAGAAAUCAUUGCUGAGGUUGCCCGUCAGCUUCAGGUAAAGAUCGGACCUGAAAAUCUGGACCUACAAGAUCCUUUGUCGUCUUUGGGGGAGUACAAAGUCCCAUUGCCUGGAGAUGAUUAUAACCAAGAGAUCAUAUCAUCUGUUAGUGAACUUAGCAGGACAAGGUUUGUUUCCAUGCCAACUUAUAAGCCUCAUUUGGUUGCUGGGAAGUGGGAACUGGCUGAAAUUAAUAUUGAUAGAUGGCUACUGUGUACUGUGUAG